UAUUGUGUACUCAUUGACUCCGGGAGAUUUCUGUGGUUUUUGCUGCACUGACAGCGGGCUUCUUUGGUUUAUCGUUUCCCUGACAGACGAGCCGGACCUGCUGUAUCUUUACACAGCGAGAAAACCGGAAUAAUGUCGGAUUUCGAGGAAUUUGAGAAGCAGCUGAGCGAGAAUCGACAAGAGCGAGAACGAGAAAGACACAAAAAGAGGAGUCGCAGCGGGUCCCCGGGCCGAGGCGACAAACACCGCAGCUGGAGCAAAGACCGAGGGAGUCGCAGCCGAGAGAAACGAAGCCGCAGCAGAGACAGGAAGAGCCGGGACCGAAGGAGUUCCUCCCGGGACCACAAGAAGCACAGUCACUCUCCGAGACGAACGAGGAAGAAAAGGACCUGUAAAUACUGGGACGUGCCUCCUCCUGGCUUUGAACACAUCACACCAAUGCAAUACAAAGCUAUGCAAGCGGCCGGACAGAUACCAACAAUAGCUCUGCUGGCAACAUCCACCACCACCGGGGUGGCUGCAGCACCGACACAAGUGCCCAUAGUUGGCAGUCAGAUGACAAGACAAGCCCGACGCCUCUAUGUUGGAAAUAUUCCCUUUGGAGUGACUGAGGAGUCCAUGGCCGAGUUCUUUAAUGCUCAGAUGAGGCUUGCGGGCCUUUCGCAAGCUCCAAGUAACCCCGUGCUCGCUGUGCAGAUUAAUCAGGAUAAAAACUUUGCUUUCCUUGAGUUUCGGUCUGUGGACGAGACGACACAGGCCAUGGCCUUCGACGGAAUCAUUUUCCAGGGUCAGUCACUGAAGAUUAGGAGACCUCACGACUACAGACCUUUACCUGGUAUCUCAGAGCAGCCAGCCUUCCACGUCCCAGGUGUCGUCUCCACUGUCGUCCCGGAUUCCCCCCACAAACUGUUUAUAGGAGGCCUGCCCAACUAUCUUAACGACGACCAGGUGAAGGAGCUCUUGACAUCAUUCGGGCCACUCAAAGCGUUCAAUCUUGUGAAGGACAGUGCCACGUCACUGUCAAAAGGUUACGCCUUUUGUGAAUACGUAGAUAUCAGCGCCACUGAUCAGGCAGUCGCUGGGCUCAAUGGAAUGCAACUGGGAGACAAAAAGCUGAUAGUCCAAAGGGCGAGCGUGGGAGCUAAAAACGCCAAUCCUACCUCCAUCAUAGAGACCCCGGUGACGCUGCAGGUCCCGGGGCUCCAGAGGCUGCAGAACUCGGGCAUGCCCACGGAGGUGCUGUGUCUUCUCAACAUGGUGAUGCCCGAGGAGCUGGUGGAUGACGAGGACUAUGAGGAGAUCCUGGAGGACAUCCGCGAGGAGUGCUGCAAGUAUGGUAGCGUCCGCUCCAUCGAGAUCCCCCGGCCCGUCGAUGGUGUGGAAGUCCCCGGCUGUGGAAAGAUCUUUGUGGAGUAUGUAUCUGCUGCCGACUGUCAGAAAGCCAUGCAAGCACUCACCGGCCGCAAGUUCGCCAACCGAGUGGUGGUCACCAAAUACUACGAUCCAGAUAUGUAUCACAGACACGAGUUUUAAAGCACAGACAAGUCUUGACGGAGUUUCGCCCUCAUCUUUUCUGUUCGUAAACUUGGGUUUCAGUCAGUUCCUUUUACUCCUCUGAAUGUUGUGAACGUGUCCUUAGAGACUGGACCGGGAAAAGACAUUUUACUACAUCUUCUACUUUACAAAACUGAACUGCAGUGUGUGUUUCUUCAGUACUGAAUAUCUAACUCCCAGCUUUAGCCUAAUACCCCCACAGUGAACUGAACUCAUUCUGAAUUUAAAAAAUACUGUAGUAUACAUUAUAUUUGCAGUAGAAUGAAUGUGACAUGUAUCUUAACUAAACCUAAACUAAUACUGCCUGACAAUGCCAGAGUAGCUGUCUAUCAAGUAUGCACUAUAUGAGAAAAAAACAACAGUCAAAUGUUUAGAUUUCCCUCCUGAGCACAAACAUUUAUUUCUGUUUUAGGCUUGUGAAGCCAUCAUAACGUUAAUUGUGUGGCUGUGUGAAAAAAAAGGUUUUUAAUUUAUUUAUUUAUUUUUCCAAAGUAAUAUUUUUCCUCUAUACGUCGCAUAUUAAUGUUCCUUAAACAUAUACUAUGCUAUUACCUGUACUGCUUAUGUAGACCAAAUGUCGACUUUUGUCAAAAGUGAGAAGAUACAUUUUGUCAUAACGGCCUCAAAGGUCAUUUUGUAAAUAUGAAACAUUAAUUUCUAAACACUAUAGGUAUACCAAAUUGGCCAUGCACACUGGAAGCUACUUGAAUUAGAAAAUGAUCUGAAUUUUAAAAAUGAAUCAUCACGAUUGACCCUUUUAAGCCCCUCCCCUGAACAGUAGUUGUCCAAUCACAACUUCUUCCUAAUGCCAAGAAGUGCAUUAUUUACACUAACUAGCGACUUUGUGGGAUUAGCUACUGGUUAUCUUUAAAAACACGUCAUUCACGACUAGCUUUGUAGUAUUAACCCACUGUUUGUUAGCUGGUUCUGGAUGCUACCAGAGUUUAAGCUAACGUUAGCAACAAACAGAUUGGGUAAUCCUCAUUAUAAAAGGGAAAAUUUACAGUUUGAAAAUGUCAACAAGUAUGUGAGUUAAACAGUUAAACACAGUAGACUAAAAGUCUGAUUUUACAUUUUCCUUAUCAUACUCCUGAGACCUCUUAGCUUUUGCCUUAACUGGCUAGCUAGCUACAGUUGACAAAAUCUGACAGAAAAAUCAACAUUUACUGACUGAAAAACAAGAAGCUAUUUUUGUCUACAUCUGUCUUAACUCAAACUACUAUUGUUUUAAAAAGUUACACAGAAUCUAACUGGUAAAUCUACUAUAUUCAAAUUUAAGGCACUUCUGUGAGAAAAUGUAACUGACAUAGCAACAGUAACUAAGGCGGGCGGGGCUUAAUGUCAGAAUGAAACAUUUAACUUACAUAGAAAGCAGUAGCUUGGGGGGUUGGGGCUUAAUAAAUGGUUAAUUGUGUUCCUUGAACCAGCAAUAGUCUACAAUUUGCCAUCAAAAUCAGAAUAACAAAACAAAUUUGUCUUCAUGGUCUCAUUUAAAAAAAAAAAAAAAAAGAGGUUAUGCACAUGUUAAGAAAUGCACCUUUAAUUUUUGUAGAUAGCAAACUGAAUGAUUUUUUAAAGCUUUAUUAUUUGUGUGCUGUUUUGCAUCUGUUGAAGAAAAUGUAUUAAAUUAAAGCAUUAAUUUAUUAUGAAAUAUCAUUUAUCUGCUUAAGAGAGUGCAGGCACAAAUACAGUAUCCAAACAAGUACGUCAGUAAUCGGGAUGAUGACCUGGUUUGCACAUAGAGCAAAUUAUCUAUUCUGUUUCAAAGUAAACAAAUUGUGUUUUAGUGUAAUAAGCGGAACAUAUCAAAUGAUAAUUAACAACUACUGUAUUUUAUAAAUUUUUGGAUGGCCAGAAAUUUUAAAUCAUUUUUAGUUUGUACGAUCCCUGCCACUGCCAUUGCCUUGAAUAAAUGCUUGCAUCCAC